CACAAAACAUAUUUAACAAGUGUAUCAAAAUGCAAUAGAACGAAUUUUAUUUACACCCGUUCAUGCUAAAACCCGCGUUUAAUCAAAUAUGGCGUCAAACAGACGAAGCAAAGGAAAUGAAACCGAACUAGAAGAGGAUGAUGCUUUUGUGUAUGUGUUUGACAGGCGAGAUAAAGAUGCACCUGAUGUCAAAAUACCCACGGGAGGGUUAUUCAGUUUUGAAGAUUUCAAAGAAAGGGUCAGAGAGGCCUUGCAGAUCAAGAAAAAAGACAAUUUUGUAAUUGCAACUACAAACAGGGAAGAAAUAAAAGAUGAUGAAACUUGGGAUGAUAUAGAUAAUGGAGACACCCUUUAUGUACUGAAAAAAAUCAACCAAGAACUCUGUGCCCCAGCCAAUGAAAGGGUCAACUUUGUACCUCAUUACGACACAAUUGUAAAGGGAGGGUUAUAUGAGUAUUAUGCGUCUGAAGGACAAAACCCCUUGCCUUAUGCCUUUGCUGAAUUGAUUGAUAAUGCCCUAUCAGCAACUUCUGAGAAUACAGGACCUAGAAAUAUAGACAUCUUAUUGCAUUUUGACGAUGGAAAGCCUUCAAACCAUUCCGUAUUUAUCAUUGAUAAUGGGAGAGGAAUGUCUCCCAGACAGCUCAACAACUGGGCCAUCUAUAGACUUUCCAAAUUCAAACGCAAGGACAAGAGAGGGAAAGUAAGCUUUAUUGAAGGAGAGGAUGAUGAUGAAGAGCUGGAACAAAAACAGGCCCCACUCUGUCUAAACAGUGACAUUUCCUACUUUGGAGUGGGAGGAAAGCAAGCUGUGUUCUUCAUAGGAAAUUCUACAAGGAUGAUCACAAAGCCCAAGGAUGCCCAAGACGUACAUGAGCUGACCAUGUCAAAAGAGGAGUUCAAGCAGCGAGAAAUCAACAAGGAAUCGGUGUACAGCGGCUACAUCCGCAACAGAAAGGUUGGAGAUUCCUCUCACAUAUCACCAGAAAAUGACGUCUUGUGCAGCAUUAUCAAUGAAGAGAAGAAAAAGGAGAGUUUUACUGUGGUGGAAAUUGGUGGAAUCAGCUCUAGCCAUGUCACCUACCUAAGGCAACAUCUCAGCAGCUGGACUAGACAACUGGCGCAUAUCUAUCACUACUAUAUCCAUGGACCGGAUGGUAACCAGGAUUUGGAGGAUGAAUCUGAGUCAAAAACCAUCCCUCAGUUCAAGAACAUCAAUAUCAAGGUGAAGCUCUUUGUUAAAGGAAAGCCUGCCACUGAAAUUGACCUGCGUGACAUCUAUGACGACAUGCAGUCCCUGUAUGUCAGAAACUCGGCCAGUCAGUUCUUCUUCAAGGCAACUGCUGAAGGGACUGGAGUGGUGGAGGGCAUCAUCCGUUACCACCCCUUCCUGUACGACAGCGAGACCUACCCACCAGACGUAAAUGACCCCAAAGGAGAAGCAGACUUUGAUGAACAUGACUAUGCAGUCAACACAAGACCAGCUCGGGGAAGGAGACCUAUAUUUGAAUGCUACUGGAAUGGGAGACUCAUUCCUUACACUACCAUUGAAGAAUUUGAAUGGUGCUCUGAGCCAAAAAAGAGUAAAAAUAUUGCGGUAGAGUGUUGGAAUAGAAUUUCUGGGGUUCUGUUUACCAACGACCAUUUCCAGGUCAGCACCAAUAAAUUGACCUUUCUUGACCUUGAGAUGAGGUUGCGAGAUAAAAGCACCAUAUUUAGCAGGAUAAUUAAUGGACAAGAGAAGCGAACUUCCAUUGAGAAGGAGUUUUUGAACUGGCUGAAGGACUGUCAUGAGCAGCAUGACAAACAGAUCCAUUUCACAGGGUUCGGGGGUCAGGUGGUGAGGGGUGACCUCCCCAAACAGCGACAGAGCCCCUGGGGUCAGUUUAAGAGUGUGGUCUGGGACAACAAGACAUUCAAAGUGGGACAGAUGGUAAAAAUACUAAGAACUACCCCUGUGUUUCUUGGCACUAUAAAGAACUUUUACCUGUAUGGGGAGCAUGAGGGAGACACUUUUGCAACAGGCGGCGAGAUAGAGAUCCAGCAGGAGCCCCAGUCGCUGUACAACGAGGUGCGGACACUUCCUCUCUCUAGGCUGGACAGACUGUGUAGUGCUGCUGCCGUCAAACGUCUGCUGGAGGAGGAGGAGUCCAAAUUACCUUCAAAUCUGAUUGUCACUUGGCCAGAAGGGGAUGAAGUCAGACCCAAUGAGAAACGCCCAGCAGGGAAAACUAUUGGGGCUUUGAAGAUAGAAAUUGAGAACAGGAAAGGGGAAAAGAUCCAGAAACUCCCAGGAACCAGUGCCCAUGCCUCUCACAAAAAGUUGCUGGUGGAGUUAAAAGUUAUAUGGCAUAGUUCGACAGGUGAUCAGACCAUUGUGUCCCACAUUAGUCAGCAUGGCAAGAACUGGCCUUAUUGGUUCAGGAAGAUGGAGACCAUCAAUAACCUAGGUCCCCACACCCUUCGGCUACAGGUGGUGCUCAAUGAGAGUGGCUCCACAAUCUAUGCAGGGAAGAGUCUACCCUCCCACCAAAUCAAGUUCACCGUCACAGAGGCAGAACCCGAGAAGUUUACAGUAGGGAUGUUAGAGGGACCAUUCAGAAUUGGACAACCAUUUCAGAUUCCGCUGGUGUUUCGAGAUGCCUACAACAAUAUCACAAAACCUGUCUAUACAUCCACACCUACCAUUCAGGCCAGAGACCUGGACAUUUCGUAUGAGAAGACUAUUGCGAAGGGCACAAGCCUGAUCCUGACUGGAAUUGUGGCAGAGGGAGUCAUCAGUGAAAAGCACACUGGAAGCUAUGGGGUUACCAUUACAGUCCCUGGGCUCAGAGAAGAUGCUCAAGCUUUAAAACUCAGGUUCCUACCAGGUUUACCCAAGGUUUUGCAUGUCAAACCAGAAGAAGAAAUGGUCAUUGAAAAUGGCACAGCACCAGUGUUCCAUGUAGAGGUUCAGGACAUGUCUGGAAACAUUACAACUGACAAGAACCUGACUGUCACCUGUAAGUUCCCUGGCUUGCCGACUGACUUGAUGUAUUUGUUGGACUGCUCAGCUUCUGGCUGUGGGAACAUCACAGGUGACCCGGUACUACUGAAGAAGGUCAAGGACAACCACAAGCUGAAGGCCUUAUUUGAAGUCCCAAACAAGAAGGAUGUGUCUGCGGUUGAGCGGACUCUGGUGGUCACUCCCAGUAACUCCAUCUCCCACAUCGAGGUCAAGCAGGAGGAGAACAAGAAACAGAGGAUACUCAAGCAGGGAGAGAGCAUCAUGGGAAAAGCAGGGGAUGUCAUCUCGGGGCUGACUCUGGUGCUCUAUGAUGAGGCUGGCAGGGCAGUCACAAUAGAUGAGAAGAUAUUUCCAAAGAUCAAGGUUAACUGGAUAGCAAAGUUAAACCAAGAAAUGGUCCUUUCUGGGAACCUGCCCCCAAUUAAGGUCCCUGCCUCUGUGAGUGACCUCAAGUACUGCCAGGUGGCCAUACACGACAAGUCCAAUGUAGAGUUCAGCUUUACGGUCAAUGCUCUUCCUGCUGAACAAAACCAGAUAAAGUGUAAAUGUCAGGGGCCAGCUGUUGUACAGAUCGGGGAAGUGCUGGAAUCCGAGAUACAAAUCACAGUCAAAGACAAGUUCGGCAACGAAAUCACAGAUCUUCCAAAAAAUUCCUUACAUGAAUUCCAAGUUACAGGAGAUGGCCUCCAGACAGAUCUAGUCAAAAUUGUAUCCAACAGGAAUGGGUUUGCCAUCACCAACGUUCGGUUUGAGGGGGGUAAGAUUGGGACCAAGGACGUGAAGGUGACCUGGCGUGAACUGAGGGACUUUGUGAGAAUAGAGAUGGUGGCUGGGCCCCCCGAGACCCUCACCCUGCCUGGCUGGGACCCUGAGGAGACCAUCACUGUACUGAAUGAAGGCAAAUUGCCCAGAUCUAUAGUAGUACAGCUGUGUGAUCAGUUUGGUAACCCAGCCAAAGUGUCUGAUGUCCGGAUGCAGUUAACCAAAGAAGGCAAAAUCAAGUUAUACCCUCCUCCCACCCCUUUGAAAACCAAUGCUCAGGGACAAGUGGACUUUGGAGUGCUCACAGCAUCUGGACCCAGAGGGACCUAUGAACUCCAACCUAAAGCUUUCCACGGCAAGGCAGAGCCUAUACUGGGUCCUAAAAUACAGGUUCAGCUCCAGCCUAAUCUAAUGAAACCAACGUCCCUCUCUGUGGAGUAUGAUAAGAAGGCUGUUUUCACAGUAGGGGAGAAACUGCCGGAGUUUACAGUGAAGGUACUGACGGAGGACGAGCAGCCGAUGGCCAGCGCCAAGGUGUCCAGUCUGUCCCUCAAGCUGUGGAAGAUGGACGCCAAUGUGUCCAGUGGUCCCCCAUCCAGGGCAAUUUCCUACAGUCCAGAAGCAGUGAAAGGCAGUCCCGGUGUGUUUGUGUUUAAGAACAGGAAGACUCCGGACAAUGCAGCAGUACACCAGAUCAUGAUCACCUACUACGACGGCCAGUACGAGCUGUUCAGCAAUGUGAUGACAGUAGAUAUAAAGCCGGCUCCACCGAUGCAGCUGCUGCCUGUAGAUAACCCUGGGACUCCCACCGUGUCCAACACCAGGGCUGCCAACACUAGAUGUGUGCUGCGCAACCUGAGGCUGGAACUGAGGGAUCAACAUGGAAACCCAUCUGGAACAGGUUACAGUGGGAAAGUGAAAGUAGAGAUUUGUGGUCCAGAUGAUGUGACAGAGGUUCCUUGUUUUGUUGGAGGCAGCAAAACUCUUGACAUUGCGCUAAACAAUGGGACUUGUGUGCUUAACAACCUGACCAUACAAGAAAAUGCGCCAGGUCUGGACGGUCAGGAGUACAGGCUGCGCUGUGAAGUACAGUGUGCUCUCAUCCCCAAAAACAAGUCCAUUCCCGCCCUGGAAAUUCCUUUCCUCUUUUAUAAUGAUGCCAAGAAGCAGUCCCAGAUGUCUCAGCUGUCCAAACAGAGGGACAACCUACAGAAGGUGAUCAACACGUACCACUCUCUGUUUGACACAACAGACCUGCUCACCAAGGAGCUGCAGACUUCUGUCAAAGAGGCAUUGCAAGAGGAAGACCAAAUCAAAGAGGAGUUUCGUAAACUCAGGGUCAGCAUGCAUCAAUUAACCAGUAUUGAAAAUGUGGAGAAGAUGAUUGAGGCGAAGACUUUGGAGAAGGAGAGGUGCCUACAGAUGAAGAGGAGAUCCUGUGGUCUACCUCAGUUAUCUGGGAAUCCUGAGGUGAUAGGCAAGAUAGGACAUUUGGCAGAGAUAGCAGAUCCUGAUAUAGCCAGGGUGUUGUCAUGGCACAUGUCAUCAGACAUCGACUGCGUGGUUACCAAGACAACCAAAUCGGCCAAAGAUGUCUACAAGCAGACCAAUGGAAAACAGCAAGUCUUGCCCUUAGACUCCAUCUUCAAGAAAACCUUGCCUGACUGGAACAAACCUCUCCCCCACACCAAGUACAGAACAGGAUGGAGGCCACCAGGGAACCCCUCCUAUGCUCGAGAUUUCCUAGAAUUUCCUCAGCACAAACAGGAAUGUCAAACAGUGUUUGGGAUGCUGUUAGGAGAUACCUUGAUUUUGGAUGAUCUUGAUUCUGCAAAUGCUUACAGACAAGAGAUCGUCAAGUUUACACAUUGCCCUACCAUCCUCACUAGAGAGGGAGACCGCAUCAGGAGCAAUGGUAAAUUUGGAGGCCUGAUGAACAAGGCAGUUCCUAUUGAGAAGUUGAAGGGAGCAGUGUUUGGGGAGCCACUCAAUCCUCAGUAUAAAGAAGCAGAGUCUAUUGUAGAAACCCUUCAGAGAUUCAAAGUAGCAAUGCAGAAAACAUCAAAGGCCAAAGAAGAGCUGAAAGACCAGUCAAGUUACAUUGAACUGCCAGAGAUGAAGAGCAAAAGGAAGGAGUGCCAGGAUGCAGAGAAGCAGCUUAUUGAAGUUGAAAAGAAAUUAGGAAUGACAAGUUCGAGAUCUCGGACCCCUCAAGUCAAUACAACCCCACCUCAAGCCACCCCAAGUAAGCGAGCCCGCCUCUCCAGUCAGACACCUGUCAAUGGAGCAGAGACCACCCCCACCCCCAGUCCCCAUUUCACGCCCACUAGACAGAGCAAGAGACUGGCAUCCAUGACCCCUACAAUGGAGGAUGGCAGAAAAAAAUUAAGGAAAACCUGAAUCAGAUUGUGUUGUGAUACACUUAUCAGAAACACAUUCUUCAUAUGUCAGAUGUGAAGAGGGAAAAAUACAACGUGUGUGUUGGGUGUUUGUAUCAGUACAUGUACAGUGUGUGUACCUUACAUAAAGGCAGCUGAUAAUAACGGAAAACUUGGUUUGAAAUCUAUUGCGUGUAUGAUAAGUUUACAUCAUACUCUGUACAGUAGUUGUAUACGUAUAGUUAGCAAAUGGGAUGCACAGACAUGCAUAUGUAGAUUGAAAGUGUGAGCAAUAUGACAAUGUAACCAGAAUUAGAGAAAGCAUCUGCUGAUUUUCAAGUUUUUAUUGAAAUGAACAAAACAAUUUUGAGCUAUUGACAUUUUUGAUGAAAUGAAACUUUUUUUCCUUUCUUUCAAGAGAUCUGUACUUCAAAUACAUCUGUGAAACUUUUGAGGUGUUUUUAAGAAGUGCAAAAAUAUGGGAAAUGCAUUAUUUUAUCUGUUAUCCAUGAAAUUAGUGUCUGUAAUUAAGUUAAUCACUAUGAAUAUCACAUUAACUUAAUUUCUUUAAAUUUCAAGGUUUGCUGUUUUUGUACGUUUUAUGGUGGUUUUGAUUUGUAUGGGUAUCAAAAUGGUCAUGCUUUUAUCAAAUACAUUUCUUUUGAGUAAUGAAAAUUGACAAUGUACAGUAACAUUAUCAAAUAUCUUUCCCUAGAUUUUUUUACCACUAAUUUAAAGUCAUAAUCCAGAAAUUUCUUUUUAGCAGAGGAUUUUAGAAACUGUCUUAACCCUAUGGACUUGUCCCAGAAAAAUAUUUCUGAUAUUGUACGUGUAGUAGCACAUGCAGUAUUCAUGGUUUUAAUGUUUUGGGAAGCUGAAGUUAGGAACACUAUUACAUGUAUUAUGUAGAUGGUGAACUUCUUCUCAUGUACACAUAUACGUGUAUGUUGGUUGUUUGUACAUGUACAUUGUGUGUGUACUUAAUAUAAAGGCAGCUGAUAAUAACGGGAAACUUGGUAUGAAAUCUAUUGCUUGUAUGAUAAGUUUACAUCAUACUCUGUACAGUAGUUGUAUACGUAUAGUUAGCUAAUGGGAUGCACAGACAUGUACUUUGUGGAGUGUACAAACAGUAUUAUUAUGUAGAUGGUGAACCUCUUCUCAUGUACACUUUUAUAUUUAAUUAGUGAUGCUAAAUAUUAUGGAUCAAAAGUUUUAUGAGAUUCAAAAAAUGAUUUUUUCAGUCACGGUUAGAAAGGUUCACAGGGGUCAGUUUAGAGUAACUCGCGAGAGAUUUAUCAUUGAAAAAAAAAUCAUGAAACUUCAUUAGCUUCAGUCACAUCAUAGAAUGGUAAAAUUUGCUCACUUUAUGUGUUUCAAAUAUGACAGCAAAGGUUUUUUUUAACACAGUUACAUGGUUACCACUCCAUGUAUGUAAUAUAGAGAACACUGGUUGAUAUACUGUACAAAAAGAGUAUUACUUCAGUGCAUUUUGAUACAAUUUUUAAAAAGAGAUCACUUUUUGUGGAGUAUGUUCAUCAUUUAAGGCUGUUGAUGCGUAGAGACAAACAUGUAAGAUGAUGAUCGUAUGUGUAAAUUUUUCUAACCCCUCUCCCUUAUUUUGGGGGAUGAGGUUCAUAGUUACCUAGAGAAAUAAUGGAAAGCUUAAAUGUUCAUGUCUUACACAUUAAAAACUACAUCAUUUGGCUUUUUAAAAACAUGUUAUGUAAAUUUUACUAUAGUUACUGUUUAGAUGUUCAUUUUACUUUCGAAACUUCUAAAUUAAUUCAUAUUUUUGAUAAAUCAAGUUCUGUGUUUUCAAUUUUAUAUGCACAAAGAUCAAUAAAGUUUGGUUUAUGAA